AAGUGUCUUCAAGAUAAACCGCCAAUAAGAUUUUUACAUUUGACAAAGAGGCGGUACUCCAAUUUCUUCGAAACGUUUUGUUCGGUUGUUUCAACAUGGCGGCGGCAGCUGAAGCAAGAAACGCAAAAUCUGGAAUAUUUUGGAUGGAGAGUGGAGUGGAUGAAGUGGUCUCUUGUAAGCCAGGCGUCAUGACGAGCUCAAGUAAAAAAAGCACCAAGAUGCAAGCCAGACGCACUUCUGACUGUAAUAUUGAUGUGCCAUUAAAGAGAGGUGGCAAAAAACAGAGCUAUUUACAAAAUGAUCAGCAUGGUUCUGCAUCAGCCCAUGCCAGUGCUUCUGUAGCCACUGCGAACAGCCUUUUCCCAGCGCAAGCUCUUAUACCCCCAGUAACACAAGUUAUAUUUGAAAGUAGCAGGACACAGAGCCAAGUCAGUCUAAAAGACCUCUGCCCUGAAGACAAACGACGCAUUGGGAACCUCAUAGAAGAACUCGCCAGAGUGAGUGAGGAGAAGGAAGAGUCAGUAAAGCGCCUCAAAGAUGAACAUGAUAAUUUGGAAAACAAGAUACAAAAACUGGAGCAAGAGAACUUGGUUAUAGCACAUGAAAGAGAAAGCCUCCAGCAGCAGUACAGAGAGUGUCAAGAGCUGCUUGGGCUCUACCAACAAUAUCUUACUCAGCAACAAAUAAAGCUCAACCAGUCCAUUGCUGAGCUUAGCCAGGCACAAGCUGACUAUAAGGUGCUGAGCAGUGAUGAAACCAUGAUUAAAUCUACUAGCCAAGCUAAUGGGCUACUGUUUGAUGGCUCGUACCUUAGUCUUGCUGCUAGUCAAACACAUCAACCACAAGGGCACAGGAGAAGCAGUGGAAGAAGAGGAGACUCACAAGCUGUCAGUAUUCCAACACCUGCUUCCUAUUUUAGUAAGAAUUGUGCAACUGAUGCUGGUGUGCAAGUCAGUGAGCAUCGGAUUCAGACACGAGAAUCUGGUUUGCAGCACUACCAAGGGGGAUUCCAUAAUGUUGGCGAUGGCACCCAGCUGGAUAGACUAAAUGGCCAUUCCUUUGAGAAAAGUUGUGAGAAGACCUCUAACCAAAGUAACUAUGGAGGGACUGAGUUGGCCACUGAGAAUAAGGAAGUGGAGACCAUCCCUCAACUUGGUUGUGGAGACUGGGAGGAAAAGAGGCACCAGCUGCUCCUACAGAAGAUGCAGCUGGAAAUGGAGAGAGAGAAGUUGCAGACACGACUGGCUGAUCAGGAGGAGCGGCUCAGUAGACAGAAUCAGCAGCUGUCCCAGUCACAUCUCGACUGCAUAAGGUUUCAAGAAGCAUGUCAGUCUAAACAUUGCAAAUCAUUAGCAAACAAUGGAACAUCACAUCCGGACCCUCCCCACAGUCAAGACUUUCCCUCCAGAGAGAAUCAUCAUGCACAACAGUGCUUGCAUGACAACUUUUCACAAACUGCUCCGCUGGACAAAACUCUUGAUUUUUGUGAUGCUACAGUGCAAUCAAAAAAGGACAAAGCCACAUCCCCUGUAGAAUUCCCUGCAAGCCCUGUGGAGCUCACCACAGUACCUGUGACUCAAAAGACAUCUGGAUAUCGGCCAGACUUCUCUGUGGUUGAUUUAUUGGAUAUCUUUAGUCCAAGUCCUGCACUUGACCAAUGCAGACCAUCAUCCUGUAGGUCCAAAUCAUUGCAACAUGGACCGCUCUUCACUUCAUCUAAACUCAUCUGUAGAAGCCUGCCAACAGCUGUGUUGCCUUAUCCUCUGAAUUCUCAGCAGGACCUGGAAGAAAGCCAAAUAUUAGAGGAUAUUUUCUUUAUUUACUGACAAGAAAAAGUAAAACGGUGAAGUUUUACUUGCUUGAUCCGGCUCAUUUGCCUUUUAGAGAUUUUGAUUGUAAUUAGAUAUUGUUGUUUUUGGGUGAACUCCUGUAAUGUUUUCAACAGAAAUAAACCAUCAUUUAUAUGGUA